AUGUUGUUUCCAGAUAGAAAGGCUUUCCUUUCAGCAUUUUUACUGUUGUGGGUGGUGGUUAGCCUGCAUGUGGCUACAGCCUCCGAGCCGUGCGCGGACCUGGACGAUACAGGCUGUCGUAAAAACCCACAGAUCUGUCAGGACACACUUCUCGCAGAGGUCACGUGUCCCGUAAUGUGCAAUAAAUGCCCGAACUCAAUACAGUCUACCUGUCCGGACAGCUGGGAGCUCUUCCAAGGCUCCUGCUACUAUUUCCAUACUGACUACAUGGAGUUCAACGAUUCAGAGCUUUUCUGUAACCAAAACAAUGGCCACCUCGUCCAUAUCCACAACGCAGCUGAACAAGCCUUCGUCACAAAUAGGAUACUCAAUAUUAACGGCAAUCAAAGCUGGUGGAUCGGGCUCAGAGAUACGGAGGUUGAAGGAGUGUAUAGAUGGGUGGACAAUAAUGAAGAACUGACACCGGCGGUGUUCAGAGGCUGGGCACCGUCACAGCCUCACGAUUCUUACAACAUCGAAGAUUGUGUAGGGAUGUGGUCCGCCAGAGGAAUGCUCUGGAAUGAUGCAUCGUGUGCCUCAAAGCUCCCAUCAAUUUGUGAAGUCAGGGUUGGUCAAGCAUUGGUCGGAUAGCAUAGUUCUGGUGAUUCAACUCGUCUAGUGUUGACAGUUAAGGACGCAG